UAUCUGAAUGAUUGAUUUAGCAAAACGCAAGCAAUUAUUACUCUUUUGAAAACUGAGGUCGAAUACAUAGCUGACAUUGCAUCAUGAUCAUCAACAUUCAAUUCACCACCCACUUGCCAUUGCUUAUGAAUGCUAAACUACAUAAGCCCAUGCUUGUUAGGUACAACCCUGAAAAUUAUAAAUUGUUCUCUUGACUCUUACAUAUGAUCAACAAUGGCAACUGAGCAAGUCCUUCACAUGAAUGGAGGUACCGGAGAAACAAGCUACGCCAACAACUCUACGUUUCAAAAAAAUGCAAUACUCCGUACAAAACAUAUCAUGGAAGAGUGUAUAACCAAGUUGUAUAGGACAACUUUACCAGAGUGUUUGAAAGUGGCGGAUUUAGGGUGUUCAUCAGGUCCAAAUACACUUAUGGUAGCAUCUACCAUUGUCAAAAUUGUUGAUGCCGUGAGUCAAACCUUGAAUCAAGACCCACCCAUGUUCCAGUUCUUCCUGAAUGAUCUAUAUGGCAAUGAUUUCAAUACCAUAUUUAAGUCACUCCCUGAUUUUUACAAGAGGAUGGAAGACGAAAUUGGUCACAAAUUUGGACCAUGUUUCAUUAGUGGCACCCCUGGCACGUUUUAUGGGAGACUCUUCCCCAACCAUUCCAUUCACUUCUUUCAUUCUUCCAGCACCUUGCACUGGCUUUCUCAGAUUCCGAAGGAGUUGAAUAGUGAAGUAGAAGAGGCAAUGAACAAAGGAGCAAUAUGUCCCACAUCGGAGAGCCCUCCAGGAGUUCACAAAGCGUAUAGUGAGCAAUUUCAAAGAGACUUGAAGGUGUUCUUGCGAUCACGUUCAGAAGAAUUGAUUCCUGGUGGUGCUAUGGUCCUUGCUUUCAUCAUUUCAGACCAAAAUCAUAAUAUCAAAGGUUGGGAGGUAUUUGGUGGUAUAUUCAACGACAUGGUCUCAGAGCAUAUGGUUGAGAAGAGAAAGUUAGACUCAUUCAACAUAUCAUCAUACUUUCCUACGGCCGAAGAGGUUAGGCAAGUAAUUGAGGAAGAAGGAUCCUUUAAUAUUCAAAGGAUGGAGAAGACAAUAUAUGAUACGAUGGAGAGUGUAAUGGAGAUUGGUAAUGAGGAUGAAGACACGUUCGCAGAGAGGCUUACCAAGACCAUGAGAGCCGCAACCGAACCCAUUUUUAAGGCAGAAUUUGGGGAAGAAAUUAUGGACGAAUAUUUCACAAGGUUGCAAAGCAAAAUCAUCCAACUCCACAGAGUAGAGAGAUUUAAGGGUGCUAAUCUAAUCGUCCACAUGACAAAAGAUACUUGAUAACUAGAGACAAAGGGGAUAAUAAUAUAUCUUAUGCUUGGUUGAACUGUACCCUCUUGUGUUUUAUUAUCCUAAUACAGCUUUUAAAUAAAGAAAAAGAAUUUGAGUUCAUCUUUU